AUGCCGAAAUGCCACGGCGUCGUGAUAGAGGAGGCUUCCAUUGACGAGCUGCAAGAAUACCUGUCGCAUGGCAACCUCACAUCGCAGCAGCUGGCUAUGUGCUAUCUGCAGCGGAUAUGGCAGACUGAUGACUACAUCAACGCCGUGCUCGAGAUCAAUCCCGACUUCCUCGAGUUAGCUCUUGAUCGGAUGGAGACGACGGCUGGGAGCUGGGCCUUACUCAGCUCGGUUGUCCCUCGAGAUGCUCACGUUGUGGCGAAGCUGCGUGCAGCCGGUGCUUUACUCACGGGCAAGGCGACUUUGAGCGAGUGGGCAGAUAUGCGAAGCAACAAUUACUCUGAAGGCUACUCAGCUCGAGGCGGGCAAUGUCGCUCUGCAUACAACCUCACGGUGAGCCCUGGCGGCAGCAGUAGCGGAUCUGCUGUGGGCGUGGCAGCCAAUGUCUUUCCGUUCGCGCUUGGGACAGAGACGGAUGGGUCAAUUAUCAAUCCAGCUGGGCGAAAUUCGAUCGUAGGUUUCAAACCGACUGUUGGGCUAACCUCAAGAGCUGGUGUGGUUCCCGAGUCUGCACACCAAGACAGCGUUGGCUGUUUCGGUAAAAGUGUCCGAGAUGUGACCUACGUGCUUGACGCGAUCUAUGGACCCGAUGAGAGAGACAACUACACCUUAGCUCAAGUUGGACAUACGCCAUCAGAAGGCUAUGCACAGUAUCUCACGAACAAGACAACUCUUUGCAACGCAAUCUUCGGCAUCCCGUGGUCGAGUUUCUGGGUCUAUGCCAGCGACGAGCAGCUCGAGGUACUACUCUCGAUGAUCGCACUAAUCGAGUCUGCUGGCGCCACGAUCGUGAACAACACCGAGCUUCUAGACUAUGAGACAAUUGUCUCGCCAGACGGCUGGAAUUGGGACUACGGGACUACACUCAAGGUCGACUUCUACAACAACAUCAAGUCUUAUCUGGCAGACCUUAACAACACUCAUAUCCGCUCACUGGAGGACAUCGUUGAGUACAACUAUGCAAACGAUGGCAGCGAAGGCGGUAAUCCAUGGCCGCUAGGGAAUCCAGCUUUCUACUCCGGACAGGACGGCUUCUUGGCCAGUACGGAGACGAAAGGCGUCAUGAACGAAACAUACUGCCCAGGCGGAAAGCAGCUCGAUGCACUUCUCGUCCCACCAGAUGUGGGACAGAGCUAUCAGAUCGCUGCUCAAGCAGGCUACCCCAUGAUAACCAUUCCUGCUGGGAUCUCCUCGGCUACUGGGAUGCCUUAUGGACUUGCUUUGAUGCAGACAACAUGGCGAGAGGAUGCCCUUGUACGCUGGGCUUCCGCAAUCGAGGACCUCAUGGCCAGCACGCCAUACAAGCGGACGCCGCCGAAGUGGUUCGGUUACCAGGAGCGGAACAUACCAGUACGCAACUUGUAA